CAUACUCUCUCAAUUUUCUUCUACUUUUCUUCAAUAAUCCUUCAACCUUUGAGAAGAAUUGAAGUUUGAUCCAAGAAUUUUGAAGAACCAAGUCUAAUGCUUAAUUUCUAACGUUCGUUUUUCUCAUAAGAUGGUUCAACCCUAUCACGCCCUUAUGCGUCGCCGCUACGCCAAAAAUAGGAACUUUCCAGUGGAACGCUAUAGAGAGCUGGAAUGGGACGGAAAGCAAUUCCUCCUGAACUUCGUCACCGAUUUCUACAGUCACUGGCUGGACGCUUACGCGUAUGGAACUACUCAUCAUGAGGGAAUCAUGCGACUUAUCCAUAUACUACCUUCCCCUUGGAGCGAGUGGACCGCUCAAGCCUCCGUAUCCUACACCUGGUUUAGCCCACCCAAGUACACGCCUCAAGGAGACUUCGUCGGCCUAAUAGGAGUCUUACUUCCGGCCAUGUCUGCCGCCGUUGACGGACCUCCACUCCAUCCGCCAAUGCAAAAGUACUCGCCAGGAGCAGCGCGUCGAAUGAAGUAUCGCGAUGAUGAGGAGACGCACGUCGCUCGCGUUCCCCAAAGGAGGACAUUUAGGAUGCGUAUUUCGGCCCCUCGAAGGAUCAUAAGAGAGGCCAAAGAGAUGCUUACCUCGAUUCCUUCGCCCCUAAGUGACGAGAAGGAAGACGAGGAGAUGGGACCGUUCGAGAGGGCAGAGAGUUCGAACACGGAAAGUGUCGGAGAGUCGGAAGAACCCGAAGAGGACGAGGGCAGAGAUGUCUAGUGCUUGAAUAGUGAUUUCGUUUUCCUUUCCCCAUGUUUUUGAAUUCUAGAACCGCUAUUUAUGUUGUCUUUCUCUUUCGCAAUUGUUUGGUCCUUUUCAUUCAUUGUACCAAGACCUUUUGAGUUUUACUUUUGAGAUUUAAUGGGGAAUUCGUACCUUUUAUUUU